CUCUCUAAUAACUUGGUAACGUCUCCUCAUAAGGGACUAUAGCUCUGCCAAAACGGAUAUUUCUGACGUUUCACCACUAGCAAAACACAAAUUUCAUUGUGUGAAAGUCCUUACAGCAGUACAGCAGUGGGGGUAACAUGCCCCCUUGACCCCCUUUCAUCUAUCAUUCGUUGACACUGAAUUUUCUUCUUUUUCCCUAGACAAAAAAUGGCAAACAAAUCAGGAACUUCGAUGCAAACAGGCUUUCUGCUGUCGAUACGACCAAACCCAGUUUUUCUCGCAAUUUCAUUUCUGAUCGCAAUCAUUGCUAUUCUCCUCAACGCAAUGGAAAUUCGCCUUAUCACAAAACGGUUCAAAGCAGCGACAAUAUUUGAGCUCGUCCUGCUAAACCUUGCAAUUGCUGACUUGCUAAGCGGGAUUGACUAUAUCACCAUAAAUGGCCUAAGCACUUAUGCUAUGGUAAAGGGCGCACAGAUGUCUACGAACCACAUGGUGUGGAUGUUCGGGUUCAUCUUGUUUUCCACUGCGUCGUCAACAGCGUUCGUGAUCGUCGUAGGCCUAGAACGCUUCUUUGCGGUUAAAAAACCACUGAAACACCGUAUGUUCCACACGGGGCGACGCAGGCUACUCUACCGCAUCAUAAUCACGUGGGUUUUCAACCUCGUUCUCACUGUGAUUGCAAUGGUGACGUUUUGUUACGGAGAUUACGCUUAUGGCAGCUCGAGCAUCAUGGGAUAUGUAUCAGCUAUCUAUCUGACUCUUGGUGCCCUGUUAAUCGUGGUGCUUUAUGCCUGGCUUGGUUACUUGGUGCUGGUGCGUUCUGCAAAGUUACUUGAUUUCGAUAAGAAAGAUGAUGUAGGUAUCAACCACAAAGUUAUCAAGCGAGCAAUGAAGAAGGAAAAGGCCACUAUAUCGGCAUGUGCCUUGGUACUUGUGUCAUUUCUGGCUUGCAAUUUGCCUCUUGUUGCUCGGUUGUUCCUAGGAAAAAUGGACCGUGUCAGUGCCACAUUGGUUAAACUGAAUGCUGUGUGCAACCCCCUUGUUUACUUUUUCAAAAACUUCUUAGAGAAGAGGUAUUCAAAGAAAAAAAAGACUGUGUCUAAGGGCGGUUUGGACGCAAGCAUUGCCAAAGCUCUGCAAGCGAAAACAGAAAAAGCAAAGGACAGAGCUGAUGGUGCAAAGGACAGUGCCAAAAACCAACAGGACAGUGACAAGGGUCCAGAAGACAAAGUUCAAAGUAUAGAGGGCAAAGUGUGCGGGCCACUUGUUCAAAACCAGCGUUUGAGAGUCAGUACUUCUAGCGAACAAGAAUUUGGGGGUCAAAUGUACAAUAUUUCGUUGCUUCAAGAAAAUAUGCAGGGCUCGAAGGACAGCGUUCAUAGUGCAAAGGUCAUACUACAAACGAGCCGAAAGAACGAUUUGAACAGUAAUCUCUUUGAUGAUAAAGCAAUGAAAAAUAUGGUUUGUGAAGAAAAAGGAAUGAUAAAUGCUGGAUUGGUUGAACAGGCAGUUGUAUAGAAG